UUCCAGGCCCUUUUGAGGAAUCUUGGAACGAGAUUGUGUGUAAAGGAAAUUAGUAGCCCACUUUCAAUUUUCUCUUAUCGGGAAUUCUGUGAAAAUGGCCUCCUGUACUAAAAACAUGGCCUCUAAUAGCAGUCCCUCUGUACAACGCUCCUUAUCGCUACCAGACAAACCUCUCUCCAUAGAAAACCCAAAGCACGGGGGUGAAAUAGUAGACGGAUUGUAUAAGCAGUUCAAAGCCAGGCGCUUUUGCGACGUCAUCCUUCUUUUCGAAAAGACGGAAGUGAAAGCGCAUAAAGUGGUAUUAGCCUCGGCCAGCAGGUAUUUUGAUGCCAUGUUCUCGGAUCAUUUCUCAGAUUGUGAGCAAGAAAAGGUCGAGUUACCAGCUCUGGAUGAUAAAACGGGACCAGCGUUGAUAGAAUUUGCUUACACAGGCAAAAUAGACAUUACACAAGAUAACGUGUUGGGAUUAUUGGCCGGAUCCAACUUCCUUCAGGGGUUUCAGUUCGUUGAAGAAUCUUGCUGUAAUUUUCUGAGGUUGGGUUUGAAGGAAACGAAUGCUGUUGACAUUAUGCGCAUAGCUGAUACUUACUCCUUGCAAGAAUUGAAGAAAGAUACAAAAAAGUAUAUUUUGAGGAACUUUAUUAAGAUUCUGGAUACUGAGCACUUUAUCGGUGUUCCUGUCACUGUUCUAGCAGAGCUGAUCUCUGAGGAUAGCCUCUUGGUUGUACAGGAAGGUAUUGUCCAACUAAGGGCCAAACAUGAGAAAGCGAUUCUAGAGGCUGUUCUACGCUAUCUGGAUUGCAAUCCUAAUCAGCAAGACAAAGCUGCCCUCUUACUAGAAAACAUCCGCCUUGCAUUGUUAAAGCCAACAUAUCUCAAGAAACUUUUAGUGAAUCACUCAUUAUUGCAUCCGGAUUGCACUAAGCUGAUUAAGAAGGCACUUGAGGUUCAGUCCUUAAAUCCUCCAGAGCCCUCUGUAUGGUGCACUCCACGAGAAUGUGGAGAAUACCAAACUUGGAAGGGCUGCAAGCUUGCUAAUGGAGGGCUAGUGCCUACCGAAGAGGCGAUGUUCACUGACACUGAGAAAAUCAGUUUGAAGAAAGACUAUGUCACAGGGAUGAAACUUUGGUUUCGUCGUUGGGAUGGCAGGCCAGUAUUAGGAGGGAUCAAGGUCCAAUAUAGCAAUAGGGUGUCGGUAAUGCAUGGUAGUGACAGUGGGCAAGAUCUCUAUGAGUUUGAGCUGGAGCCAAAUGAGCGCAUCACACAACUUGAAGCCCAAAGUGGAUGGAUGGUAGAUCAGUUAAAGUUUGUCACCAACAAGGGAAAGGAAUUAGGGCCCUACGGGGGCUCAGGGGGUGGGUAUCGCCGAGAGACCAUACCUGGUAGUUACCCCUACUUGUCAUGUAUUCAAGGAUGUGAGGUUAACACCCAAGGGGACCUUAGCAUCACUAGAUUGCAGUUUGUCUGGAAAGUUUUCCGGUUUCCUAGCGAGAAACCCUUUCCUGAUUACAAGGAGCCCCUCCCUUAUGAUUAUGAUGACUACGAUGAUUAUGAUGACUACGAUGAUUAUGAUGACUAUGACCCAGAUGAUAUUUAUGAUGACUAUGAAGCAUAUGACGAUGAUUUCGAUGGCUAUGAUGAUUUUCAUGAGUUCCAUGAUGAUUUUUAUGGUGUUGAUGGACCAAUAGAACCCUAUCAAGACGAGCCACUUGAUUAGUCUCCUGACUGGGCAUAAAAAAUCUAAUGUUAGUAGUUACAGUUUGGUCUCUGAAAUUCAGAAUGUUGCAGUUUGAUCUAUGACUGUCAACUAGUAAGUAGGGUCAAAUUUUAUGGCUGCUUAAAAGUUUGAAAUCAAUUUCACUUAUUUGAUUAUGUACAAAGUGUUUCCAAGCUUUGUACAUCUAUUUUUUUAAAGUUCAAUGAUUGUAAUUGUAGAAAGUGAAGCAGUACAAUAUCUUCCCAGAUAAGUUGUUAAGAUUAAAUUUGUCUUGAAUGAGAA